UCUGCUUCUCUUUUUACACAAGCAAAUUCUUUUCCAUUAUUUCCAGGUAACCCUUUCCUUCAAUCUAUUACUUGUUUGUUAAGACUGAGAGAAGGUUUUACAUGGAUUUUUCUAAAGGUUGUACGUUGCUUUUUGUUCGGACAUGAACUAGUAUUUUAUUAUUGUAGAUAAAAAAAAAAUCUAGGAAAAAAUGCCUGCUUUUGAGAGAGGAAAGAAGAGGAACAAAGGAUCCAUCGAAUGUCUCACUUCCCUGGUUGACCAAGAUAAAUGGAUUCAUUCAAAAGUUAAUGAGGGUGAUAAAUUUGAAGCCAUCCCGUUGCUUCCGGGGCUUCCAGAUGAUGUGGCUAAGUAUUGCUUGGCUCUUGUUCCUCGUUCGAGCUUCCCUUCCAUGGGCGGUGUAUGCAAGAGGUGGAGGUCGUUCAUUGAAAGUAAAGAAUUCUUGAGAGAGCGAACAAUGGCGGGUAUGGUUGAAGAAUGGCUUUAUGUUUUAACUACGGAAUCUGACGGAAAAGAAAGUCGGUGGGAGGUUUUGGAUUGUUUGGGACAUAAACGUCAAGUUCUUCAACUAAUGCCAGGGCCUACAAAAGUAGGGUUUGGGGUAACUGUCGUUAAUGGAAAGCUUCUUGCCAUAGCCGGCUAUUCAGUUAUCGACGGGAUUGCUUCUGCCUCACCUGAUGUUUACCAAUAUGAUUCUUGCCUCAACAGAUGGAGCAGACUAGCAGACUUGAAUGUUGCUCGUGCGGAUUUCGCCUGCACAGAGGUAAAUGGCAAGGUUUAUGUUGUCGGAGGCUAUGGGGUUGAAGGUGAAAGCCUUUCCACCGUAGAGGUGUAUGAUCCUGACACAGAUAAAUGGACUCUAAUCGAAAGUCUCCGUCGACCACGGUGGGGUUGCUUUGCAUGCGGAUUGAAUGGAAAACUUUACGUAUGGUGCGGAAGGUCAAGUCUUACAAUUGGAAACUCUAGAUUUGUGGAUGUGUACAACCCCGAGAACCGCAACUGGUGUGAGAUGAAGAAUGGUGGUUGCGUCAUGGUCACCACCCAUGCCGUGGUGGAGAAGAAGCUUUUCUGCAUGGAGUGGAAGAACCCACGGAAGUUGGCAAUAUUUGACCCGAAUGAUGGUUCCUGGAAAAGGGUUUGGGUUCCACUGACAGGGAGCACAAGUGUAGGGUUUCGGUUUGGAAUAUUGGAUGGGAAACUUCUACUGUUCACGGUUGAGGGCGCCCAUGAUUAUCAAACCCUUUCGUAUGAUCCAAAUGCGAGGCCUGGUUCGGAAUGGCAAACUUCAAAUAUAAAGCCUUCGGGUUUGUGCCUAUGCAGUGUCACAAUCAAAGUUUGAAUGAAUCGUUGAUUGAUAAUUUUAUGGCUUCAUUUGGAUUCACACACCUUCACUGCGUUGGAAUCUCAACACAAGUUAAAAAUCCAUCGCACUGUUUUGUGCCUUUGAGUGGAGAACUUGUAAACAUGGCUCCAUUUACUCACUGGAGGCUUUGGAUGAAGUUGCAAAGUUGAACAUCCAAUGGAAAUAAAAAUGGUUUAGCUCUUUCUUUGGA